AAAUUGGACUAAAUUAAUUAAAUUCAAUCUCUGCGUCAAGCCUUAGGAAGUGACUAUAAACAAUCCCGGAUUUGAGAAAUCCGAUCAAGUCUGAAUUAUCUCCCAGAGCACAAGGUUGUUUCUUUCCAAUCUAAUGGACUGACUAAUGUCUAACGUUUUCUUGUGACCUGGCAACCCUGGACCCGUCGCCUCCACAUGAUCGUCCUUGUUUUCCAACAUGGUAGUCACGAGCUGAGGGCAAGCAGCAUAUGCAAAACUUUACUUUACAGCACAUAACAUGUUUUAGAGGCUUUUGCACGCAAAUAAGCGGCUUUAUUUUAGUCUUUACCUCCAUAUAUUGAGGGAAUAAAAGAUGUUGACGCCUCUUUCUGCUUUUCAGACUCGGUUAGCUGAUAUUAUGGAAACAUUGGCCAAAACGGCGGUGUUGGAGAUCAGUAAACUUGUGGAGCUGGAAUGUAAAAUCCUCCUGUCUGAGGUGACCCGAGGUCAACAUGAGAUCGACUUUCUGAGGAAAAGACUGCAGCUGAUGGAAAAACACAUGUCAACAAAUAAUACAACUCAGAACCAGGAGGCUGGAGAUACUGGAGCAUCAGCACUGCUUACAGCAGUACAGGAGCACAGGUCCAGAACAGAGAUCCACAGCUCCGAAACAGAGAUCCACAGCUCCAAAGCAGAGAACCACAGUUCUGAAACAGAGAUCCACAGCUCCGAAACAGAGAUCCACAGCCCCAGAACGGAGAACAACAGCUCCAGAACGGAGAACAACAGCUCCAGAACAGAGAACAACAGCUCCAGAAUGGAGAACAACAGCUCCAGAACGAAAAACCACACCUCCCGAACGGAGAACCACAGCCUCAGAAAGGAGAACCACAGCUCCAGAAGAGAAAACAACAGCUCCAUAACAGAGAACCAGCCUCAUAUUAAAAGAGAGAGUGAGCUGGAAGAGUUCAGUGGGGGUGAUGCUGCUUUACUCGACACUCCUGUGACCUCUGAACAGGACCAUGCUGAUAUGAGAGAGAAACAGCGUGACUGUCGUCUGCAGCAGCAUCACGGAGAAGAACCGACUAUUGAAGUAAAGGUUAAACAGGAGGGCUUCUGGGACGCUGAAUUAGGAGGAGACAAGACGAGAGAUGGCAUACACAGCACUGAGGAAAGAUCUGCCAGGCAUCUCAGUGAUGAAUCUGCUGACAAACAGACUCAUCCACAGGACAGAAUCUUUUUUGAAAAUAAUUUACACGCCCCUGAAGGACCUGCUUUAAAAGUGCGCUCGAGCGCAGAGAUCGACAGCACACAGUCUUAUCUCCUCCCGAAGCCCGUCAGGAGACGCGUGGCCUCCAGGUUCAAGGAGGAGAAGCGCUUCGCGUGCCCGCUCUGCACAAAGUGCUUCAAGUGUUUCAGCCAGCUGGAAAUCCACAAGCGGAGUCACACGGGUGAGAAGCCGUACAGGUGCACGCUGUGCGGUAAGAGGUACGCGCAGAAAGGUCACCUGUACACACACCAGCGCACACACACGGGAGAGAAGCCGUACCGCUGCAUGCACUGCGGCAAAGCUUUCAUUCAGAAGUGCUCUCUGGACAUGCACCAGAGAACUCACACCGGAGAGAAACCCUUCAUCUGUGUCGAAUGUGGGAAAGGCUUUACCAAGAAAUUCAAUCUGAACAAACAUCUGGUUGUACAUUCAAACGCCAAGUCUGGCUUCUGUGAUCGGAAUGGCAGGACCGUGAACGGACCCGGGCUCCGUUCCUCAAGCGUCGGUCACUGAGAUUUCGCUGACGAUUUGACACCUCGAACUUCAAGAACACUUUUACAUACUAGCAUAACAUAACUUUGAUCAAAUUGUCUCAUCUUAUCACGUUGCUGUUUCAGGGAAUGUUAGCCGAGUAAUGUUAGCUUUGUUGUCUAAUAGUCAUGACAUAAUUCGCUUUAGAUUGUAUGAAGGGGAAAUCUCCUCAACCACCAUCAGUGUGUAGCAUCCACCUGGAUGAUGCGACGGCAGCCAUAGUGCUCCAGAAUGCCCACCACACACCAGAUAUUAGUGGAGAGGAGAGUGAUGUAGGAUGUAGGAAAUGGAGAUUAUUAGGGGGUCAUGAUAGCGAAGGGCCAAUGGGGAAUUUCACCAGGACUCCGGGGUUAUACCCCUACUCUUUUACGAGAAGUGUCCUGGGAUUUUUAACGACCGCAGAGAGUCAGGACCUCGGUUUAACGUCUCACCCGAAAGACGGGGCUGUUUGUACAGUAUACUGUCCCCAUCACUAUACUGGGGUAUUAGGACCCACACAGACCACAAGGUGAGCUCCCCCUGCUGGUCUCACUAAUACCACAUCCAGCAGCAACCUUAAGCCCAAAGUAUACUUCGUUUUUUUAUGUGUACGCAAGCGUAUGUGUACAGUCAUACUCAUAGCCUUUCAAAGUAUACUCCGUUUGGUCGAUGCAUUCGCGUUACAACAACUUGCACUACCCCUUCUGGCCUACAAGAGUCAGUACAGAGCAGUAAAGCAGGUCUUCUGGUGUGAAGUACUACAACGAAGAAGAAUCACAACAACACGAAGAACAAUGGAGGAGAAAGACAUGCUGCUUCACUUGUUGUUACUAGCGGAAGAGGAAUUUUGUUUUUAUAAAAGAGAAAGAGAAGAUGUGUCUGUGUGACCGCUCGACCAGAAAAUAGUGAGGGAUGGCGAAUUCAGUUUUUUUCUUCGACCACCUUGAGAAUCAACGGCCUUGGGUCACUGUUGCCACCUUGUGGAACGACUAAAUAGUGCAAACGACUUAAAUGCACAUGUGUGACCUGUGCAUGUAAAGUACGCACGGUUAGAAAAGUCUGGCGGCGCACAUACGGUACUCUGCUGAUGACAAAAUUUGUGUCACGUGUACUUUAUGCUGUUCCUAGCGUACAUGUAAAGCGUGAAGUAUACUUUGUGCAGGGUGAUACGCCUCUGGUGAGUUAGCUUAUGAGCAUGAACUUGUGGUAGAAACCUGUGGUAAGGUAAAUAGGUAAUAAAGCUAAUGUUACCUAACUAACAUUAACUGAAACUAUAACCCGUGGUAAGGUUAUUUCGAUAAUGUUAGCUGACUAACAUGAGCUAGAGCUGGAUAGCAACGAUAAUAGAUAAUCGUCUGAACUAGCAUUAACUGAAACAGCUGGCUAAUUAACUGAAUUAGCUAGGUAAUGACGCUAAUGUUAAAUAACAAUUAAUGGAAAAAACAACUUUUGCUAAGGUCAUUUUGUUUCUUAGACAAUGUUAGUUUUUUUAAUGUUAGCUUUAUUAUCUAGAUAACUAACAUGAACUGAAACAGUACUUGAGGAUAAGGUCAUUUUAGCAAAGUUAGCAAGAUUGCAAAGCAAUUGCGGAGCUAGCAUUAACGAGGGUCAUUCCUAUGUUCCCAGGGUCCUAUGUUCCCCAGUUCAAUAUUCAGUUAACACCCAUUAAGUAAACUUUUCCAAAGCUUUUAUGCAGUCGGGACUCAUUUUCCCAUAGCCUUAUGAACUUAAUUACCUUUUAACUUUAAACGCCAAAUACAUAUUUAACUGUAAUGAAUUUCCUGGUUACACAGUUGCACUAUUUGACCAUGUAGUGCACAGUUAUAGAAGGGAAUUAUUUAUAAUCGCACUAUGAGGUGUCACCCAGAUGCGGACGGGUUCCCUUUUAGGUCUGGUUCCUCUGAAGGUGUCCUCCUCAUAUCGUCUCAGGGAGUUUUUCCUCGCCACCAUCGCCUCUGGCUCGCUGGUUAGGGAUGAAUUUAUUCAUUUCAAAUCUAUAUCCUGAAUUGAUAUAUUUCUGUGAAGCUGCUUUGGGACGAAGCCCGUUGUUGAAAGCGCUAUACAAAUAAAAACGGAAUUGAAUUUAAACGAAUAACAACAAACAAAUGCUACAAAUUUGUUUAAAAUCCAUCCUUCAUCCACACUUGAUAUGUAUGAACGUUAUGAACUUGGAGAAUGAACCAGGUUGCACACGCUGAACCCUCAUUUGUGCUGCUCUAAAAGUAGCUGUUAGUCUCUAUUCAUACAGUACAAGUCUAUGCAUGAACAAUAUUGAAAUGUAUACACUAUACUGAAGAAAUGCCGUAAUGUAGCCUAUAAAACACAGUAAACCGUCAUAAAAGGAACAGAAUGUUAAGUAUGAACAUGUUCCAGCUUUCACUUAUGCUGAAGCCUAACUCCAGCUUUAAAUCGCCAUGUGUUCAUUGUGUACCAUAUAAAUCUUGGGAACAUAGAACCCUGGAAACAUAGAUAUAGUACGCUCCCCAUUAAUGGAAACAGCAACUUCUGGUGAGGUCAUUUGAUCUGUUAGGUAAUGGUAGAUAAGUAAUAUUAACUUUGUUAUGUAGCUAGAUAUUAUUAACUGAAACAACGACUUGUGGCAAGAUCAUGUUUGGCUGCGUUAAUUAGGUAACACGAGUCACCGAGCUAGUUGGGUUGGAUCGCUGGGAUUUAGCAAGCUAGCUAACGUAGCUAAAAUACCUUACCACAGGUUGUUGUUUCAGUUCAGGUUAGUUAGGUGACUUUAGCUUUGUAUCUAGCUAACUAGUGCUGCUAGCUAAUUAUUGCUAGCUAGCUAAACACUGCUUAGAAAAAUCAUCCCCCUUUCAUUUUUCAGAAAUCCUCGUAAUAUUUAGUUAUGGAUGUGCGAUGAAGUGAAAUGAAUAUGAUAAUGUUACUUGGGUGACUGGCUAAUUACCUGUUUUGUGUCAGUUUUUAUUUCUCUGCAUAACAAAGAUUUUUACAAGGCU